AUGUAUUUUAUUUCUAACGUUGUGAAAGUGACCAUUCCCAACUACCUAGCUGGCUUGCCUAUCCCGGAUUCCUUCGGUGGAUGGUUUCGCCUAAGCUUCCGUGACUGGUUGGCUUUGGUGCCACCAACAUUAGCCAUUGGUGGAAUCUCUUAUGUUUCCUAUCAAACAGUAAAAAAAGCAAGAGAGGCUGGACAAAUCAACCAUCUAAUUAGAAAGGAUUUGAAUAAAGUAGUUGAUUUCAUUGAUAUUGAAGACAUUACUGAAAAAGCUUCCUUAUGUAGAUGCUGGAAAAGCAAAAAUUGGCCAUACUGUGAUGGUGCUCAUGGUUCCCAUAACAAGGAAACCUGUGAUAAUGUUGGCCCAGUAGUUGUCCGACACAAGCAACAGCAAUGA